UAUUUUUUUACUUUUCUUCAAUCCAUUCUUUCUAUUUAGAUACCACUUUCUAAAUUCAAGGUCUUGAAAUCAAUGGACGCCUUUAAAUUGUCAAAUUAUUAAAAUGUGUAGUACUAUGGCCCAAUUCAAAUGGGAACUCCAAAUUAGUAAUUAAGUGUAAUAUUUGAUACAGGAUCCCCAUACCUUUGGGUUCCUAGUGAUAAAUGCACACUUUCAAAAUGUCACCUGAGUAAAAGAUUUUAUACUUCAAAAUCAUCGACAUACAAGAACUAUUCAUAACCAGAUGAAAUCUCAUAUGCCUCAGGAAGUUGCAAGGGAUUUUGGGGUUCAGAUUAUGUGUAAUUAUUGGGAGAUAGUAACACAAGAGCAUAAAUUAAUAUUUUAUUCGCUUACUAUGAUUCUGGAUUCGAUUCAGUAUAAUCUGAUGGUUUAUUGGGUUUAAGCAAUGAGAAAGAGAUAGACAAUAUAUUCGAUUUAGCAUAUAAAGAAGGUAAAUUAAAAUCGAAUCUUUUUGCCAUGGAACUUAAAAGUACAGAUGAACAAUCACUUUUUUACUACGAUGAAAUUCCGAACGAAAUUAUGAAUAAUGUGGAAUGGGUCAGAGUUUUGCGAAAUGACUAUUGGACAGUGAAGGUCUUAUCUAUUGAGGUUAAUGGGUAUUUUAUUAAAACAGGGAAAUAUAAAGAAGCACUAAUUGAUUCAGGAACUUCACUUUUGUACCUUCCUUAGAAAGUUGUAUUAUCAAUAUUUGAGGAAUUAAUUUUAAGCAAUUGCAGAUUAUUAGAUGGCAAUAUGUUUUGUCCUUGUUCGAUUCCCAAAAGUGAAGUUGACAAUUAUCCUAAAAUAAAAGUGUUUUUGGAAGGGAUUAUUCUAGAAUUAGAUAUAACUGAUUACAUGAUACUCGACUUCUCAUUUUAAGGAUUGUGUUAUAUAGGAAUUGAGGUAGAAUCUUAAAUGAAUCUUAUGAUCUUUGGUGAUAUUGUCAUGAGGAAAUAUGUCAUAGUGUUCGACAAGCAGAAUAAUAAGAUUGGAUUUAAGGGAGUUGAGAAAUUGACAAAUAUCAAAACGACUGCCAUCUUUUGGAUUGAAAUCAUUGGAUUCGGAAUCAUCACCAUCAGUUGUUUAUUAUUAUAGAUGAAGUUAAUGAAGUUAUGA